UGCCUUCACUUUCUGUGUCUUGCUUUGUAAGAGAAUAGGCUACAGAAAUAAGAUAUCAGAAAUACUACUGGAAAUUGGAAAAUGCUUGAAUAUCAGGAGUCCGCAGUGAAAGCAACAUCAGGUCAUCGGAUUUCCUUUUCGAUUGUUGACAUACUGGAUCCUAAAAAGUUCUCAAGUAAAAAAUCGCAUGCUGUGUCGGAGAAAGAACGGACGUCAUCUUCAGGUGACACGGAAUUGGGAAGUUUGAAGGAAUGGCGCAACGGGAAAGAAAGUACUGAGCUUUCAAUCUGCAAAAACAUAGGUGAUCAAUCAACUGAUGACCAUCAAAGUUGCGUCAGACUCCAUCCUCCUGAUCCAGAUGUUGACUUGGACUCAUCAGCCUCGCUCAGAAAUGUAAGAUCGGGCUUUUCUUGUGAAGAAGCGGAGGCAGGAGAAGAGAGGAUCACUCCAGCGCCGGAUGAUCUGUCGCGUGAGCGGCGGCGUCGGUCAGAUCACAGCUGCGCGAAGCCGCGGCGCGCCAGAACCGCGUUCACGUACGAACAGCUGAUGGCCCUGGAGAACAAAUUCCACACUACGCGUUAUUUAUCCGUGUGCGAGCGCCUAAAUCUCGCGCUGUCUCUGAGCCUGACCGAAACCCAAGUCAAGAUUUGGUUCCAGAACCGAAGAACCAAGUGGAAAAAGCAGAACCCUGGUGCUGAGAGUUCCCUGCAAUCCGCCACGAACUCUCUAUCCAACAUCAGCCCUACCUGUGGGUCCACAUCUGCCCUCCACCCUCCAUUCAGCACCGGGAACGUCUUCUUUCAUUCUGGUCCGGUGCACCUGGCAUCUUCCGGAGGGCUUUUCAAUCCGUUUUUGCCCGAUGGUUUUCUCCAGCCAGCAUUCUUCCCCCCACACUUAUGAAAUCUGGAAGCAGGAAUGAUCGUAGACUACGUGUAAAUGUGAAUUCAUAAAGUGGAUUACUUGUUCAGAGAUCCUCAGCAGGAUGGGGUUGGCUUUGGCUUGAUGUAAUAAUUGAUUAGGCCUAAAAAUAUUUAUAGCUGUUUUCCUUGAUAGUUAAGAUGGAUCCAACUCUGGGCCUCAAGAAUGAUAAAUCUGAAAGAUCUGCUCACACAAACGCAAUAGAUAAUCUGAGAAUCAAAUCAUGGACUGGCCCACACUGGCAACUGGAUUGUAUAUAUUUAUUUUUAUUUUGUAUAUAUAG